GCCAGAAACAGAGGGAGAGAAAGAGACGCAGCUGACCUCCCUCCCUCCUCCCUCCUCAGACGCAAACAAUACGCAUCAGCCGAAGCGCAACCAAAGCAAACAAGAAACGCAGCGCAGAGGAAGCAGAGGAGAGAGAAGCACAAGCACCACACCGCAGCAUCAGCACAGCACCCUACACGCACACCCACGCCUCCCCUCCCUCCCUCCCUCCCUCCCUCUCUCUCUAGAGCCCCAGCCUAGACAAACAAGUCUUUGGUCUUCGUGUUGGGCGGUGUUGGCCCUUGCCUGCCUUCUUGUGCUCGCUUCCUCCCCCGCCUCGCCUGCCCCCCUGUCCCUCCCGUGUCGGAGGGGACACGCGCACGCGCGCGCGGCCGUGUGGGACGGGCCUGCUCCGGCGCCGGCCAUGCGUGGGGCCCGCUGAGCUCUCCCUAGCUCGCCGGCGAAACUAGCGCUUCGGUUGCGGGCGGGUGGUCGGAGUCUAGAAGAUGAUCAAGCAGCAGCAACAGCCGGCGAGCUCCGUCGGGCCACAGGCCGCCGCCGUGGCGGCAGCGGCGGCGAGCGGAUGCGAAGGGGAGAAGAAGCCGCCGGCGAUCAACUCGGAGCUGUGGCACGCCUGCGCGGGGCCGCUGGUGUCGCUGCCGCCGGCGGGCAGCCUCGUCGUCUACUUCCCCCAAGGCCACAGCGAGCAGGUUGCUGCUUCUAUGCAAAAGGAUGUUGAUGGACAUGUUCCAAGCUACCCAAACCUUCCAUCAAAGUUGAUUUGCCUUCUGCAUAACGUCACUUUACAUGCGGAUCCAGAAACAGAUGAAGUGUAUGCGCAAAUGACUCUCCAGCCAGUUACUUCAUAUGGAAAGGAGGCAUUGCAACUAUCAGAAUUAGCUCUGAAACAACCAAGGCCUCAAACAGAGUUCUUCUGUAAGACCCUGACUGCAAGUGACACAAGCACUCAUGGAGGCUUCUCCGUGCCUCGUCGAGCAGCUGAGAAGAUAUUUCCACCCCUUGAUUUCUCCAUGCAACCACCUGCCCAAGAGAUACAAGCCAGGGAUCUACACGAUGCCACAUGGACAUUCCGUCACAUAUACCGAGGUCAGCCAAAAAGACAUCUGCUUACCACUGGAUGGAGUCUUUUUGUUAGUGGGAAGAGAUUAUUUGCUGGUGAUUCUGUCAUUUUUGUUAGGGAUGAAAAACAGCAACUGCUACUAGGAAUCAGGCGUGCUAACAGACAGCCAACUAACAUAUCAUCAUCUGUCCUUUCAAGUGACAGCAUGCAUAUAGGAAUUCUGGCUGCAGCAGCCCAUGCUGCAGCGAACAAUAGCCCAUUUACCAUAUUUUAUAAUCCUAGGGCUAGUCCUACAGAGUUUGUUGUACCGUUUGCUAAGUAUCAGAAGGCACUCUAUGGUAACCAAAUAUCUUUAGGAAUGCGCUUUCGCAUGAUGUUUGAAACUGAGGAAUUAGGCACAAGAAGGUACAUGGGUACAAUAACUGGCAUUAGUGAUCUAGAUCCAGUAAGAUGGAAAAACUCACAAUGGCGCAACUUACAGGUUGGCUGGGAUGAAUCUGCAGCAGGCGAAAGGCGGAACAGGGUUUCAAUCUGGGAAAUUGAACCGGUAGCUGCUCCAUUUUUCAUAUGCCCUCCACCAUUUUUUGGUUCAAAACGUCCCAGACAACUAGAUGAUGAGUCCUCAGAAAUGGAGAAUCUCUUAAAGAGGGCGAUGCCAUGGCUCGGUGAGGAGAUAUGCAUAAAGGAUCCGCAGACACAGAACACCAUAAUGCCUGGUCUGAGCUUGGUUCAGUGGAUGAACAUGAACAUGCAGCAGAACUCCUCGUUUGCAAACACGGCAAUGCAGUCUGAGUACCUACGAUCACUAAGCAACCCCAACAUGCAAAAUCUUGGUGCAGCUGAUCUCUCAAGGCAGUUAUGCCUGCAGAACCAGAUUCUGCAACAGAACAGUAUUCAGUUUAGUUCUUCCAAACUUCCUCAGCAAAUGCAGCCGGUCAAUGAGUUGUCCAAGGCAACACUCCCACUGAAUCAGCUUGGCAUGGGCACCAAACUGCAAGAACAGAUUCACGAUCCCAGCAAUCUGCAGAGGCAACAACAGUCCAUGAACCAACUUCUUCCAUUGAGUCAAUCUCAAACCAAUCUUGUCCAGGCUCAGGUCCUUGUCCAGAAUCAAAUGCAGCAGCAGCAGCAACCACCAUCCAUGACUCAAAAUCAGCAGCCAGCUGCCAGCCAGCCGCAACUCCUGCCCCAUCCGCAGCAGCAGCAGCAGCAGCAGCAGCAGCAACAGCAACAACAACAACAAAAGUUACUACAUCAGCAGCAGCAGCUUUUGCUUCAGCAACAGCAAUUGCAGCAGCAGCAGCAAAAUCAGCAACAGCUAAAUAAGAUGGCUGCGCAAGUGCCAAAUCUGGCAGCUCAGCAGCUGCAAUUGUCUGAUCAGCAGCUUCAACUGCAACUGUUACAGAAAUUGCAACAGCAGCAGCAGUCUUUGCUAUCACAACCAGCUGUUACUCUUGCACAGUUACCGCUAAUCCAAGAGCAGCAAAAGUUGAUUCUUGAUAUGCAGCAGCAGCUGUCAAACUCUCAAUCGCUUUCCCAGCAACAAACGAUGCCCCAACAAAGUACCAAAGUUCCAUCACAGGCAACACCACCACCACCGCCAUCCAUGCAACAAGAGCCACAGCAGAAGGUUCCACAGAAGCAUGUUGGGUUCACUGACACAUCACAUGCUGCAAUUCCUCCAACUACAUCAGUCAAUGCCAUUUCAGCAGCUGGAAGUUCUAUGAUGGCAAAUGGUGCAGCACAUUCUGUACUUACCGAGGAAAUCCCUUCUUGCUCAACAUCACCAUCAACAGCUAAUGGUAACCAUCUUGCGCAACCAAUUCUUGGAAGGAACCAACAAUGCGGCAUGAUCAACAAUGAGAAGUUGCCUCAGUCUACUGCUCCUAUGUCAAUACCAAGCUCCCUUGAAGCUGUCACAGGGAUACCGAGAUCGACUAAGGAACUGCCGAAGUUGAAUUCUAAUGUCAAGCAAAGUGUGAUGGCUUCAAAGUUACCAAAUACAGGGCCUAUACCACAGAAUUUGGUGAACAGUGCACCCCCAACGGACUAUCUGGAAACAGCUUCAUCAGCAACUUCAGUGUGGCUUUCCCAAGCGGAUGGACUUUUACAUCAAGGUUUCCCCAUGUCUAACUUCAACCAGCAGCAGAUAUUCAAAGAUGCGCCUCCUGAGACUGAUAUUCAGGGUACUGAUCCAAGUAAUAAUGCACUUUUUGGAAUAAACAAUGAUGGUCAGCUGGGUUUUCCCAUGGGAGCAGAUGCCUUCUUGUCAAAUGGAAUUGAUGCUUCCAAGUAUCAGAAUCAUAUUUCAACAGACAUUGAUGGUAACUACAGGAUUCCAAAGGAUGGUCAACAAGAAAUAUCGUCAUCCAUGGUUUCACAGUCGUUUGGUGCAUCGGAUAUGGCAUUCAAUUCAAUUGACUCUGGUAUGAAUGACGGUGGUUUCUUGAACAGAACUUCUUGGCCGCCUGCUGCUCCUCUGAAGAGGAUGAGAACAUUUACCAAGGUGUAUAAACGUGGAGCUGUAGGCCGGUCCAUUGACAUUAGUCAUUAUUCUGGAUACGAUGAGUUGAAGCAUGCUCUGGCUCGCAUGUUCAGUAUUGAGGGGCAACUUGAGGAACAGCAGAGAAUUGGCUGGAAACUUGUUUACAAGGACCAUGAGGAUGACAUCCUACUUCUUGGUGAUGACCCAUGGGAGGAAUUUGUCAACUGUGUGAGGUGCAUUAGGAUCCUGUCGCCUCAGGAAGUGCAGCAGAUGAGCUUGGAUGGUGAUCUUGGGAACAACAUUCUCCCUAACCAGGCCUGCAGCAGCUCAGAUGGUGGGAAUGCCUGGAGAGCUCGCUGCGAUCAGAACUCUGGUAACCCUUCUACUGGUUCAUAUGACCAGUUUGAAUGAUCUAACUUGCCGGUCCAUACAUUCUGUGCUGCCGGUCCAAGUAGGCGUCACCUGAACUGUGGUAGGCGAAAGGCGUGCAGCAGCAGAAUGUUGUGUAGAUGUGUUGCCACUUGACAUCCAGGAGAGCAAAUGGCUCGAUGGAUUAGUAGUGCUUUUGUUCAUAUGUGUAGGUUCGCUCACAUGGAUGGAAAGUAGGGAUGGUAAAUGAAUCUUACCUUAGGUGAAAGAUGAUGUACUACGAGAAAGGCAUGCUUGUAGUAAAAACUGCUGCUCCGGCUGUUUUGAUGCCACUGCCAAAGAUCUCCACGUAUCUCAAUUUGUGCGCAGUGCGCUACAGGAAUUUCUUCAUUGACCA